AACUUGGGGGAGAAAGAAUUCCUGUGCCAUACAGCGAGCAAAUCCCGUGCAGCACAGGACGAUUCCUGGAUAGCAACACCAUGCUAUUGGCAAGUAGACACCCGGCAACGCAUAGUCAGGCUCUAGGGAGAUCGCGCUCGCGAGGGCGGUGUGUACUAGCUCUUGCAACAAGGCAUCCACCCCGUCGCUCCGAACGGGAGCAAAAAGACCCGUCGCAGUGGCGCAGUAUGGAUGAGCUUAGGGCGUAUCUGGAGCGUGAACAAGGACCCGUGCCGGGUUUCAGUUUCGUGCUAAAUUGGAUCUCCCAAAACGCCUUCGGGGGCCCAACGACUCCUCGCGGACCGGCGGCACUGUACCGCUGGCUGCUGGGGUUAGUACCCUCGCCCACAACCGGCGAGAAAGUGCGCAGGCGCAUGACCCCAGAGCUGCUCAAUCGUGCAGAGGGAAGCCCCCUGAGGAGCAUCCUAAUCACAUCACCAGCGGUGCUGGCGCAAAUGGCACUCGAGGUCCCAGAGGUGCUCGACAUGAGUGCUGACGAGGCAGUGGGCCGGCUGACGUCCCUCAAGGCGCUGCUGCCCGCAUGUGACGUGAGCCACUUGGUUGCGAGCGAGCCCAGGCUGUAUUUGGGGUUUCCGCGGGCCGAAGUUGAGCAUGGGCUGCAGCGUGGGCUGUCACUGAUGGCGCAGUGGUCAAUACCCAGCGAUGUGGUGCAGGACAUGGUAUCGCAUGACCCGGGACUCCCCUGGGUCGUUACAGAGAGCGGUAAGGAGGCCUGGACGUAAACGGGUAUACGUACAUGUCAUCAUAACCACCACCCCAGCUUCUACGAAUUCUAGCAGAUGCCACUUCACUCCUAAGAAGGGCCCCUACAGCAAGACCACUGCGAGACAGUUGCGCAUGCCAAUAGCUUUUCCUGCCUGCCUAGCACCCGAGUACACGUCCCAUUAAGCACCACAAGAUUGCGGAAAACCGCC